ACAAACCAGUUGCUGUUAAGACUUCCUUUUCACCUUUGUGCCAUGGAUUUUAACGUGAAGCGGCUCGCCGCGGAUGCCGGCACUUUUCUGAGCCGCGCAGUGCAAUUCACAGAAGAGAAGUUUGGUCAGGCUGAGAAGACAGAGUUGGAUGCCCAUUUGGAGAACCUUCUGGUCAGAGCUGAGAACACGAAGCAAUGGACUGAGAGAAUUAUGAAGCAGACAGAAGUCUUGCUACAGCCCAACCCAAAUGUCCGACUGGAAGAAUUUUUGUAUGAGAAGCUGGAGAAAAAAGCCCCCACGCGGAUGAACAACCAUGAGUUGUUGGGCCAGUCCAUGAUUGAGUCAGGAAAUGAAUUUGGCCCAGGAACUGCCUAUGGAAAUGCUCUAAUAAAAUGCGGCGAGACGCAGAAGCAGAUUGGCGGGGCGGAGCGGGAGUUCAUCCAGAGUGCCGCCAUCAACUUCCUGACUCCUUUCCGAAAUUUCCUUGAAGGCGACUUUAAAACCAUCCUGAAAGAGCGGAAGCUCCUGCAGGUCAAGCGCCUGGAUCUGGACGCGGCUAAGACCCGGGUGAAGAAGGCGCGCUUGGCUGACGCCAGAGCAGCGGCGGAGCAGGAGCUGCGGAUGACCCAGAGCGAGUUUGACCGGCAGGCCGAGAUCACCCGCCUGCUGUUGGAGGGCGUCAGCAGCACCCACGCGCACCACCUCCGCUGUUUGAACGAUUUUGUGGAGGCACAGACGACGUACUACGCUCAGUGUUACCAGUACAUGGUCGACCUUCAGAAGCAGCUUGGCAGCUUCCCCUCCACGUUCUCCAACAACAACCAGUCGUCCGUGUCGGGCGGGGCCAGCAUCUCCGUGCCCACCAUCCCGGUGUCGGCCGCCAUGCCCAGCGUGUCAGCGGGCCGCAGCAGCUCCACGGCGUCGGGGGGAUUCAGCGAGCUGCGCAGCUCCAACGGCAGCCGCAAAGCCCGAGUCCUGUACGACUACGACGCCGCCAGCAGCAGCGAGCUCUCCCUGCUGGCCGACGAGGUGAUCACAGUCAGCAGCGUUCCUGGCAUGGAUUCCGAUUGGCUGAUGGGGGAGCGCGGCAGCCAGAAGGGCAAAGUGCCAAUCACCUACCUGGAGCUACUGAACUGA